AUGGCCAACCUAAACACCCUUAAACCAUCUAAGGUAGAUCCGAUACAUGUUUUUGUUACUGGAGGUGGAGGUUCAAGGAAAUCACACUUAAUUAAAGCUAUAUAUCAAACUGUUACAAAAACAUUUAGACAUGAUCCAAUGAACCCUGAAUUACCUUCUGUAUUGCUAAUAGCUCCAACUGGUGUAGCUGCCAUAAAUAUCAACGGAACAAUCGUAAACACUGCUCUAGUAAUUCCAAGAGAAUGUGGGAAUACUGUACCUGCAAUGUCUGACCAGAGACGAACACAAAUGAGAUUGUCUUUGGCUAAAUUGAAACUAAUCAUAAUUGAUGAAAUAUCAAUGGUCUCAAACAUGGGUCUGCUGCAUAUUGACCAAAGAUUGAAAGAAAUACUUGUUACACCUAAUAGUGAACUUUUUGCAGCAAUCGGUGUACUUGUUUUUGGAGAUUUCUUUCAGCUACCACCAAUUCGAAGUGCAACAAA